AUGGCUCGCUCAACGAGGAGCUCCAUGGCCCUCGGCCUGGGACUCCUUUGCUGGAUUGCCCUUCUCUUCUCUCCGCUGGCCAUGGUCCAGCCCGCCGCCGCCCAGGAUUCGGACGACAUCGGCACCGUUAUCGGCAUUGAUCUUGGUACCACCUACAGCUGUGUUGGUGUGAUGCAAAAGGGUAAGGUCGAGAUUGUUGUCAACGACCAGGGUAACCGAAUUACUCCUUCCUACGUCGCCUUCACCGACGAGGAGCGUCUCGUCGGCGACUCUGCCAAGAACCAGGCCGCUUCCAACCCCGCCAACACCGUCUACGAUGUCAAGCGUAUGAUCGGCCGCAAGUUCAAUGACAAGGACGUCCAGGCCGACAUGAAGCACUUUUCCUACGGUGUCGUCAACAAGGAUGGCAAGCCCGUUGUCCAGGUCGAGGUCGACGGCAAGAAGAAGCAGUUUACCCCCGAGGAGAUCUCUGCCAUGAUUCUUGGCAAGAUGAAGGAGGUGGCCGAGUCCUACCUGGGCAAGAAGGUCACCCACGCCGUUGUCACCGUUCCCGCCUACUUCAACGACAACCAGCGCCAGGCCACCAAGGACGCCGGUACCAUUGCCGGUCUCAACGUCCUCCGUAUCGUCAACGAGCCCACCGCCGCCGCUAUCGCCUACGGUCUUGACAAGACCGAUGUUGAGCGCCAGAUCAUUGUCUACGACCUGGGUGGUGGUACCUUCGAUGUCUCCCUCCUCUCCAUUGACCAGGGCACCUUCGAGGUCAUGUCUACCGCUGGUGACACCCACCUGGGUGGUGAGGACUUUGACCAGAGGAUCAUCAACCACCUCGCCAAGGCCUACAACAAGAAGAACAGCGUCGACAUCACCAAGGACCCCAAGGCCAUGGGUAAGCUCAAGCGCGAGGCCGAGAAGGCCAAGCGUACUCUGUCUUCGCAGAUGAGCACCCGCAUCGAGAUCGAGGCCUUCUUCGAGGGGAACGACUUCUCCGAGACCCUGACCCGCGCCAAGUUCGAGGAGCUCAACAUCGACCUCUUCAAGAAGACCCUCAAGCCUGUUGAGCAGGUUCUCAAGGACGCUGGCAUCAAGAAGAGCGAGGUCGACGACAUCGUCCUCGUCGGCGGUUCCACCCGUAUCCCCAAGGUCCAGGCCCUCAUUGAGGAGUACUUUGGUGGGAAGAAGGCUUCCAAGGGCAUCAACCCUGACGAGGCCGUCGCUUUCGGUGCUGCCGUUCAGGCCGGUAUCCUUUCCGGCGAGGAAGGCACUGAGGAGCUCGUCCUCAUGGACGUCAACCCCCUGACUCUGGGUAUCGAGACUACCGGUGGUGUCAUGACCAAGCUGAUCCCCCGUAACACUCCCAUCCCUACCCGCAAGAGCCAGAUCUUCUCCACCGCGGCCGACAACCAGCCCGUCGUCCUGAUCCAGGUCUACGAGGGUGAGCGUUCCAUGACCAAGGACAACAACAUCCUCGGCAAGUUUGAGCUCACCGGCAUCCCCCCCGCUCCCCGUGGUGUUCCCCAGAUCGAGGUCUCCUUCGAGCUCGAUGCCAACGGUAUUCUCAAGGUCGGCGCCCACGACAAGGGCACCGGCAAGCAGGAGUCCAUCACCAUCACCAACGACAAGGGCCGCCUCACUCCCGAGGAGAUUGAGCGCAUGGUGGCCGAAGCUGAGAAGUACGCCGAGGAGGACAAGGCCACCCGUGAGCGCAUCGAGUCGCGCAACAGUCUUGAGAACUACGCCUUCAGCCUGAAGAACCAGGUCAACGACGACGACGGUCUUGGUGGCAAGAUCUCUGACGAGGACAAGGAGACGAUCCUCGAUGCCGUCAAGGAGACCACCGAGUGGCUUGAGGAGAACAGCGCCGAGGCUACCUCGGAGGACUUUGAGGAGCAGAAGGAGAAGCUGUCCAACGUUGCCUACCCCAUUACCUCGAAGAUGUACCAGGGCGGUGAGCCCGGUUCCGACAGCGGCGACUUCCACGACGAGCUGUAA